AUGGCGACUUCGACGUCUACGUUAGCAACGGAUGAGCAAGUGAGAGUGCAAGACUAUCUAAACGACAAAAUCCAGACAUCUACCGACUUUGAGAGCCUUGAGUCGCUGCUUUCGAACCUGCGAACCCAGCAUGAGCUCCAGCGGAAGCAGCUAUCUGAAGCACAGGAAGCUCUAUCAAAGGCAACAAAAUCCUCUAACGACCAUGUCAAAACAACUCGCAAACGCGCGGAAGCGUUCAACGAGCAACAGGCCGACAUCGACCGACGACUAAUGGCAUUGACCAGAUCAAACGCUAGUGACGAGGCUGCAAAGCGAUUCGAAGCUGGUAUCAGAAAACUACAAAGACUAGAGUUAUCGAGAGGCUAUAUUGGACUGUUGAAAGACGCUGAGGAUUUGAGUACAAAUGCCUUGCAGAGCAUCCAGUCUGCGCCUCGAUUAGCGAUUACGUCGUACUCUCAGCUACGGAAUAUCGCUGAGCAGUUGAAAGAGGCACAGCCGGCCGCGGAAGGUGCAAGCCCCCACCUGGUUGACUAUGUAGGGCAACUGGCGUCGAAACUUCGCAUGGAACUGAAGGGAGAGUUUACAAGCCAAUUACAGUCGACCUUAGAACAGAUAAAAUGGCCGUCAAAGGAUCUCGAUCUCUCAGACGGACUCAGAUUGCAGUGGAAAGAACAUGUUGAGCUGCUUCUUGACCUGCAGAUUCCAGAACUCAAUUCUUACGAGAGCGCAUCCAAACAACGAAAUGCGCAGCCGCCAGUUCUGUUUCCGUUGGAAGUCAUGGUGCACCCUCUACAGCUUCGCUUCAAGUAUCAUUUUAGUGGCGACAAGCCAACAAACAGGCUUGAUAAGCCCGAAUAUUUCCUUGCCCAUAUAAAUGAUCUUCUUAACAAUCUUGGCGGCUUCUUUACCUCUUUUCUUCAGCCCAUAUUCGAGCAAAAAUCGCAAACCGUCGGGCAUCAGCUGGCAUGGCACUUCCUCAGCGCUUCUGAUGCGUACAUCUCCGCUCUGCUGCCAAUGUUGCGACACAAAGUAAAUGCAUAUCUUCCGCAAAUUUCAACACAUCCGCAGCUACUCAGCCACUUUGUCCACGAAUUAAUGAGCUUCGACAAUGAUCUCCGCGAGACUUGGAACUACAUGCCUGAUCCUUACUCACAAGAAGAUUGGAGAGGGCUGGCGUGGGAAGUUCUUUCGAAAGAGGGAUGGUUCGACCGCUGGCUCCAGGUUGAAAAGAACUUUGCGCUGGCCCGGUACAAGGAGAUUGUAGACACGCCCGACAGCGGUCAUAUUGACUAUGAAGGAGUCGAUCCAUCCGCGACCAAGCCGACUAGAGCCGCUAUCCGUGUGAAUGACCUUUUGGAAACGAUCACCGAACGAUAUCAGCCGCUAUCGUCGUUCAGCCAAAAGCUCCGGUUCCUCAUUGACAUUCAGAUCACCAUAUUUGAUCAAUUCCAUGAACGCUUGCACUCAGCUCUCGAAGCAUACCUCGCCAUGACAUCAACAAUCGGCCGCACCGUGCAGGGAGCGGAUGGACAGGCCAGUGUUGAGGGCAUUGCUGGACUAGAAAGACUUUGCAGAGUCUUUGGGAGUGCGGAAUAUCUCGAGAAAAAAAUGGAAGACUGGAGUAACGAAGUGUUUUUUGUUGAGCUCUGGUAUGAGCUUCAGAAACGGGUCAGGCAGAACAGAGACGGGGGCAGGAAUGUCGCCGGUUCUAUGUCGGUUGCCGACGUAGCUUCACGUACCUCUCCGGCUGUUAGCAACCGUCAGACUAUGGACUCGCGGGAUGAAACGUCUGAAGGGGCUCUAUUUGACGAGACCGCCUCAGCAUACCGUCGCCUCAGGCUGCGUUCCGAAUCCAUCAUCACCUCAACCCUAACGUCCACUGUACGAUCCGCUCUCAAGAGCUACUCCCGCGUGUCCACUUGGGCAACCAUCUCUGACGCCACUGGCUCCGCAACAACUCCUCUACCCCCAACUGCAGAUCUUGCGCCUGCCAUGCGCACCCUGUCUACUGCCAUCUCCUUUCUCUCCCGUGCACUAGGUGUUGCGCCGCUGCGACGGAUCGUUCGCCAGGUCCUUCUUUCUACACAGACGUAUAUAUGGGGCAAUGUACUUCUACGGAACGCAUUUUCCUCCGCUGGUGCCUUGCAGCUCGCAAGUGAUUUGGAUCAUCUGUGUAACGUUGUCGAUGUGGCCCUUGGUCCUGCAGCUCCCGCCGGAGGCUCCAAAGGUAUUCUCCAGAAAAUGAACGAAGGCCUUCUGAUCCUUAAUCUUGAUGCGCGUGCGCUUCAAGUAAUUGGUCAAACCGACGAGUCUACUAGAUCUGAGCAAGAUAAAGCCCUAGGGCUGUGGGAGGUUGAGAAGAGGCUCUUCAAGGACAACGAAAGUGCAAGAGAUGUGCUUGCUGAUCUGGGAAUAGAGACUCUUACUGAGGCCGAAGCCAGGGGUGUUCUCGAGAAGCGCGUCGAGAUCGGGAAAUAA